CUUCUGUCUCUCAAAUCCGGCAGCCAGAGACCCCAGAGACCCCUGCCUCGGUCAGGGGUGUGUCAUAGACGAUGCUGCUUCUAUAAACACAAGAACACAGCAGCUAAGUGAACACACAAGAAGAAAACAGAGGUAAGAGACCACUGAUUCAGACAGUGCUCAUGGAGAAAUUAUCCAAAGCCAGCCAAUCGGUUCGACAGAACAAUCCUUCAAACCAGAAGGAGGCGAAUGAUAAGAUCCAGGAUGGGAAACUAGAGUUGAAGCAGGAAACCCCAGACGAAGCGCUAACAGACCAAAUAGUGAUGGCCGGAGAGGCUUUGAACAGGAGAAACAUCUGGGAGCCGAGUGUUUACUACGCACUGGGGAAGGAGUCUUUUUAUUUUGCUGGUCAUGACAUCAGCAUCCGCGAGUCUAUAGAUACCUUUGGUGCUCUGAUCUGGCCUGGGGCGGUAGCUUUGUGCCAGUUCUUGGAGAAUAACCAGCAACAAAUGAACCUGAUGGACAAAGCAGUGCUGGAGAUUGGAGCUGGGACUGGCUUACUCGCCAUAGUGGCAAGUCUCCUCGGGGCUUGGGUGACAGCUACUGACCUGCCAGACAUCUUAUCUAAUCUGACCUUUAACCUCCUGCGAAACACCAAGGGCCGCUCCCGCUACACCCCUCAGGUUGCUGCCCUUGCCUGGGGUCAGGACCUUGAGCGAGACUUUCCCUACCCUGCCUACCACUACGACUACGUGCUCGCAGCUGAUGUAGUCUAUCACCACGACUGCCUCCAGGAGCUGCUGGAGACCAUGCGUCACUUUUGCAGACCAGGAAGUCGAACAACGCUGCUGUGGGCCAACAAGAUCCGGUUCCAGUCAGACCUGAGGUUCACAGAGUGCUUUAAGAGCAGUUUUAACACCACGCUCCUCACUGAGCUCCCACAGCAGGAGGUGAGGAUAUACAAAGCCACGGCGAAGGAGUGACAGAGGAGCUUCAGAAAGGGGACAAGUGAAAUGUUUUGUGUUGAGUUUGAAGACAUUUAACGUUCAAGAAAACAGGAAAUUCCAUUUCCUGUCAUCUACAAUGUUAAAUCAAUGUAGAGAAAAGUCUGGUUUUGAUCUGUGUUUACAUGACAUUCCCGGACAGUACUAAAAUUGUUGUCACGCAGAAAGCAGAAAUGAAGUUCCUGACUCAGAUUUCUAUUUUAAUAAGCUAUUUUAUUUGCCAGUACUUUUUCAUACAUUUAUUUCUGACUUUAUUCAACUUUUGUUUGACAAUUUGUUUUUAAAAAUAAAUUGAUUUACUGUAAACAUU